UUUCACUGUUUGGUUUCUAGUGGAAAAUAAACAAAAUUGCAUUUUUAUCAUCGAUUUUACUGCGUUAAGUAUUUACUUUCACUGUUUGUUCUGUCAACAAAUAUUUGACGAUACAAACUUGUUAUUUUUCUUUUGUUCUUAUCAAAAAAACUGAAAUUUAUGAUCUGACACACUCUAUGCCAUAACGUGACACCUUUCAAAUUUUUUUGAAAAAAUCUGAUCAAUCAGAUUUUGCAUUUGUUGUUAUAAACCAAAGAAAUUUUUAUUUUUAAUUAAUAUAAUGUCCGGAACUAAAGAACUCCUUCUCUCCGAAGUUUCACCCGGAGUUAAAGACAGUGAAUCGAAAGUCACUGUCGUUGGUGUGGGUCAAGUCGGAAUGGCUUGUGUUUUCAGUAUUUUGGCCCAAAAUGUCUCACACGAUGUCGUACUUAUUGAUUGCGUUGAGGACAAACUUCGGGGCGAAAUGUUGGAUCUACAACACGGAUCACUCUUCCUGAGAAAUCCAAAAAUCAACGCUAGCUCAGACUACGCGGCCUCUGCCGGUUCCCGGCUCUGCGUCGUAACAGCCGGAGUCCGUCAGCGUGAGGGGGAAUCCCGCUUGGAUUUAGUUCAACGCAACACCGACGUCCUCAAAAACAUCAUCCCAAAACUAGUGAAAUACUCCCCCAACACUGUCUUACUCAUCGUCAGCAAUCCCGUCGAUAUCCUCACUUACGUCGCUUGGAAACUCAGCGGAUUACCAAAACACAGAGUUUUAGGUUCAGGAACCAAUCUGGAUUCGUCCAGAUUUCGUUUUUUGAUGUCACAAAAACUGGGAGUGGCUCCUAGUAGUUGCCACGGCUGGAUUAUUGGCGAACAUGGCGAUUCCAGCGUGGCGGUGUGGUCUGGUGUAAACAUCGCCGGGGUUCGUUUACGUGAACUUAAUCCGAAUAUGGGGACAGAUAGGGAUGAGGAACAUUGGGACCAAUUGCAUAAAGAUGUGAUUAAUAGCGCUUAUGAGAUUAUCAAGUUGAAGGGAUACACCAAUUGGGCGAUUGGGUUGAGUGUGGCUUCCUUGGCGCAGAGUAUCCUCAAAAACUCGCAUAAUGUUCACGCAGUUUCGGUUAAUGUUAAGGGCCGUCACGGCAUUACUCAGGAAGUCUGCUUAUCGCUUCCAACAGUUUUGGGCGAAAACGGGGUUUGGUCUAUUGUAAAUCAGUCUUUGACCGAGGAUGAGAAAAAUAGGUUGUUGAAAUCAGCAACGACACUUGACGAUAUUCAAAAAACCAUUCAUUUCUAGUAAUAACCAAUGUGUUCAGCUUUUGUUAUUAGUCUAGUUUAGAUUGCCUCUAGUUUUGCUGUAUUUUUAGUUCUAAGAGUUUGAUUAAAUGAUUCUCUAGGGGCACGUUGGGAUCAAUUUUGACACGUUUUUGUCACUUCCUUGCGUUUUGGGACUGGAUGGUGUUAAUCAAGUGGUGAAAAUUAAUUUGCAACCUGACGAACUCAAUUCGUUCAAAACUUCAGCCAAAGCUAUGGAAGAUAUCCAAAAGAGUAUUGUAUUUUAAUAUUUAUGAUAAUGUAAAUAAAUUUCAGUGUUUUUAUAA